CCUGAAAGAUACGUUCCAUUUGAUGCUCGUAACGCUCUUAAAAUUAAUUUUACUCUGUUGUCUAUCGAAUGUUAAACAAAGACAAAUGAUGUUUAUGAUUUAGGGCUCUCCCACACUGAACGCAACGAGCGACGAGCGAUGAGCGAUAUCCAAUGAGAGCUUUGCUUUUUCAAACGUCUAUCCAUCCAUGCAUACUGUGGCGCCAUCAUUAUUGCUUUAUAUUUCAGGUUGUACUCGACCACGUGUGUUUGUUACAUGAAGUCUUUGAUUCUUUCGCGCUUGAAUUUCGCCGAAUAAUUUUUAACAUAAUAUUAGAACUUAUAUUACAACUCGAAGAAAUGUCUGUACCUGAGAAAGUGUUGAUGCGAAAGAUCAAGAAACGGGAAAAGACGAAAUUGACUGUGUUAAAACGUCUAGAAGAACAGAAAGAAAGCGAGCGUGCUAAUCUUCGAGAUGCGAUUGAAUCGGAGAAGAUAACUGAUAUAAAUCAGCAGUUUACAGAAGACGUUCCUCCAGAAAAAAAAAGAAAAGUUAAAAUAUCUGAAGAA